CUAGGAGACGGGACGCGGGGCCGGCGGCUCGGAGGGCGGGCUGGCCGCGCCCGCCCGGUCGCCAUGGAACUUUCCCCAGAGCCUGGCGAUUUUCCUCGAGCCUGGGACGACGACUCGGACCCGGAGCCGGACCCGGAGCCCGAUCCGGACGCGCAGGCCGAAGCGUACGUGGCCCGCGUGCUCAGCCCCCUGCAGCCCAGGGCCGCGCCCCCGCGCGCCUCGCUGCUGCCCAGGCCCGCCGCGUCCGCGGGCGCCGUGGAGCCCCGGGCCGCGGCCAGCUUCCCUCCGGUGGGAAGGCCGGGCCUGCUGAGCCUCCCUCCGGAGCUGUUACUCGAGAUCUGCGCCUACCUGGACGCGCGCCUCGUGCUGCACGUCCUGUCGCGCGUGUGUCACGCGCUGCGCGACCUGGUGUGUGACCGUGUCACCUGGAGGCUGCGCGCGCGGCGCCGCGUGCGCGCGCCCUACCCAGUAGUGGAAGAGGAGGACUUCGACUGGCCAACGGCCUGCAUUGAACUGGAGCACCACCUGGCCUGCUGGGCGGAGGAUGGGCGUCGGGCUGAGUACUUCUGCCUGGCUGAUGGGCACAUUGCAUCCAUUGACUCAGUGCUGCUGCUCCAGGGUGGGACGCUCUGUUUGUCUGGCUCUCGAGAUCGCAAUGUCAACCUGUGGGACCUGCGGCGGCUAGGGGAGGAGCCUAGCCGGGUCCUGGUCAAGUCCUUGGGCACAGAGAAGAACAGCACACACAAGGGCUGGGUGUGGUCGCUGGCGGCACAGGACCACCACGUGUGCUCUGGCUCCUGGGACAGCACGGUGAAGCUGUGGGACAUGGCGGCCGAAGGGCAGCAGUUUGGAGAGAUAAAGGGCAAGGCAGCCGUGCUGUGCCUUGACUACCGCCCUGACAUCUUGGUGGCCGGGACCUAUGACCGGAAGGUGGCCCUCUACGACCCCCGAGCUGGCCCAGCCCUGCUGCAGAACUGGCGGCUGCACUCGGGCGCCGUCCUGGCGCUGCUGGCCGACGACAGGCACAUCAUCUCCAGCAGCGAGGACCGCACGCUGGUGGUGGUCGACCGGCGGGCCAACCGUGUUCAGCAGCGGCUGCAGAUGGACUCCUACCUGCUCUGCAUGUCCUACCAGCAGCCCCAGCUCUGGGCCGGCGACAACCUGGGCCAGCUGCAAGUCUUCGCCAACCGCCAUGGCUGCUUCCAGCUUGUCCGGUCCUUCAACGUGGGCCAUAAGUCGCACAUCACAGGGAUCAAACACUCUCUGGGAGCCUUGUACACCACGUCCAUCGACAAGACCAUCCGGGUCCACGUGCCCACGGACCCGCCCUGGACCAUCUGCACCCGCAGCCACCACAGAGUCCUGAAUGGGAUUUGUGCUGAGGGCAACUUGGUGGUGGCCGCCUCGGAGGACUCCUCGCUGGAGGUCUGGAGGCUGCAGGCCUGAGCAGGACGCCGCCGCGGCUGUUGGUGUGCACUGCCCACCCAGGCAAGCCUGGCCUCUUCCUGGGGACCUCCCCCACUGGUGCUGCCUCUGCCCUGCCCCACAGGCCUGGGCACGGAGUCCUGGGCCUGGCUCGGUGGGUCCCGUGCUGGCCCCCACCUGGCCCCUCAGGGACCUGCCGCUCCCCCUGCACCUUGCAUGUCGUUUUGUGGAAAGGGUCUCACUGUGUAGCCAGGCUGCCUCCUGCUUGUGGCUCCUGGCUGCUGGGAUGCCAGGUGGGUGCUACCGUGCCCGGCCGGGGCCCUGGUUCUGUUAGUGUUUGGAAACUCCUCUCUGGUGACAGUGAGGAGGAAUAAACCUGUGGAGUGUGCAGA